GGGGGCGAGCGCGCAGGCGCCUUCUUGGGAUAGCUGUGGGCGCGACUCGUAACGUUCCGCGGGCGGUGGGGCUACUUCUUCAUAGACAUAAAAGUCAGCAUUUAACUGGAAACGAAGCAUCACUUAAAAUUCUCUCAAACUCCUAAUCCCAAAGAAUUGAUAACUUUUCUCUGAUGAAGAAGUGACUGACUACAUGUUAAAAGUAUCCUGGCACUGGUCCUGUUUUUUUCUCUCCUUAGAAUUGAAGAAAAAAUAUGGAGAAAUGGUACUUGAUGGCAAUUGUGGUCCUAUUAGGACUAACAGUACGGUGGACAGUUUCUCUUAAUUCUUACUCAGGUGCUGGAAAACCCCCGAUGUUUGGUGAUUAUGAAGCUCAGAGACACUGGCAAGAAAUUACUUUUAAUUUACCAGUCAAACAAUGGUAUUUUAACAGUAGUGAUAACAAUUUACAGUAUUGGGGAUUGGAUUAUCCACCUCUUACAGCCUAUCAUAGUCUUCUAUGUGCAUAUGUGGCAAAGUUCAUAAAUCCAGACUGGAUUGCUCUCCAUUCAUCACGUGGAUAUGAGAGUCAGGCACAUAAGCUCUUUAUGCGCACCACAGUGUUAAUUGCUGAUUUGCUGAUUUAUAUACCUGCAGUGGUGUUAUACUGUUGUUGUUUAAAAGAAAUCUCAACCAAGAAAAAGAUUGCUCAUGCAUUAUGCAUAUUGCUGUAUCCAGGCCUUAUUCUUAUCGACUAUGGACAUUUUCAGAACAUAUAUAAUUCUGUGAGUCUUGGCUUUGCUUUGUGGGGUGUUCUUGGAGUAUCUUGUGACUGGGACCUGCUAGGCUCACUGGCAUUUUGCUUAGCUAUAAAUUAUAAACAGAUGGAACUUUACCACUCCUUGCCAUUUUUUUGCUUCUUACUUGGCAAGUGUUUUAAAAAAGGCCUGAAAGGAAAGGGGUUUGUGUUGUUAAUUAAGCUAGCUUGUACAGUUGUGGCUUCCUUCAUUCUCUGCUGGCUGCCAUUCUUUACAGAAAGGGAGCAAACGCAGCAGGUUCUGAGAAGACUCUUCCCAGUUGAUCGUGGAUUAUUUGAGGAUAAAGUAGCCAAUAUUUGGUGCAGCUUCAGUAUCUUUCUGAAGAUCAAGGAUAUUUUGCCACAUCACAUCCAGAUAAUAAUCAGCUUUUGUUUUACAUUUUUGAGCCUGCUUCCUGCAUGUAUAAAAUUAAUACUUCAGCCCUCUCCCAAAGGAUUCAGAUUUACUCUGGUUAGCUGUGCACUGUCAUUCUUUUUAUUUUCUUUCCAAGUACAUGAAAAGUCCAUUCUCUUGGUAUCAUUACCAGUCUGCUUAGUUUUAAGUGAAAUUCCUUUUAUGUCUACUUGGUUUUUACUUGUGUCAACAUUUAGUAUGCUACCUCUUCUACUGAAGGAUGAACUCCUAAUGCCCUCAGUUGUGACAACAAUGGCAUUUUUUAUAGCUUGUGCAAUUUCUUUUUCAAUAUUUGAAAAGACUUCUGAAGAAGAACUGCAAUUGAAGUCCUUUUCCAUUUCUGUUAGGAAAUAUCUUCCAUGUUUUACAUUUUUUCCCAGAAUUAUAAAAUAUCUGUUUCUUAUCUCAGUCAUCACUAUGGCACUUCUGACACUGACAACUAUCACACUGGAACCUCCUCAGAAAUUACCGGACUUAUUUUCUGUAUUGAUUUGUUUCGUAUCCUGCUUGAACUUCCUGUUCUUCUUGGUAUACUUUAACAUUAUAAUCAUGUGGGAUUCCAAAAAUGGAAGAAAUCAGAAGAAAAUCAACUAA